CGCGGAACUUUAUUUCACACCUGCUGUUGUUGUUGGACGUCGACGGUCACAUGGUUAACUGCGCUCCGGCCGCGUGGGGGAAGCGUUUCCUUAACUCGGCUGCUCCUCGCUUGCCUCACGGUGGGAACGAAGUAAGUCCCGUCGAAUAUUCGCUCUGCAUUCUACGCCACGGACGGAAUGCGACGAGUCCGUCUACAGUAGCAGCAGCAGCGAGGGCCGGAGCACCUGCACCGGGGGGGCAAAUUCAAAGCUGGAAAAUGACCAGGAGCAUGUACGAGCUGACAGGGCAACAGGCGGAGGGGAAGAGGAUGAUCGGGCACUAGCCACGUGGGCUGGAGUUCGGCGCAACGGUCGGUCUGGAGGCCCGGCGCAGAACUCCGACCGGAGACAAACUAGCCACGGGCAAUGGCCGCGGGCCGGAGAAAGGACAAGGCCGCGUGCGUGGCCAAAAGCGCAGGCCAGCGAGCGAGGCAAUGUGGAAGGAUCGUGACCGCGGUGCGGAAAAACCAAAACCGAAAACCAGCCAGAGCAGUGCAAGUUGGGGAAGGGUCCAAUUUAGAGGGAUUAGGGUUAGGGUUGGGGUCAGGCCCAGAUAGGCAGCGAAUGUAGGGGAGGGGGACGCGAUAGGCAGAGAGCCAAGGGUUGGAGGGUGUGCGGGUGUGACUGUGCCAGUGGCAGUCCGGGGCCGUGGACGUGGCCGAGGCCAGACCAGGUGGACGGCUUUUGACCAACGGAGCCGCGAGGGGCGUGGUUCGUACCGCGCUGCCCCAGUCGGCUUACUGCGUCUAGAAAAGCUCGGCCUCCGCGAGGUCGAGAUAUCGGUGGAGUUCGUGGUGCGAGGUGUGAUAAGAUAUUUCCGAUUCACGCACUUAAUCACGCCAGGCCCUUAUAACUCGGGCGCCAGAUCUUCUGCCGUAAGGGUCAGACCAGUCAAGUCAGGAAAGCGCGAGAGAAGAGGAGGCCGAUCCCCCGAAGCAACUUCGGAACCAUCUGGAGUGAGGAAGAAGAAGGAGAAGAAGAAGAAGAGCAUCGUCUCUUUUAACGGGCGAAGCAUUUUAUUGCAGAUCGAGACAGCGCUGCGCGGAUUUGCUCGUCGUUGCUGACCCGGCCUUCGUCGUUCGAGUGCAUUGAGGCAGGGAGGGAGCACGAGAGAGACCGAGAGAAGUCAUGGCGAACAACGGUGUGGUCGCCGUCUACGGAAAUGGCGUGCUCGCCGACAGUAAGAAAUCGACCUAUGCCGUGAAGGUGGGUCUUGCCCAGAUGUUGAGAGGCGGAGUCAUCAUGGACGUAAUUGACGCCGAGCAAGCGAGAAUUGCCGAGGAGGCAGGCGCCGCAGCUGUCAUGGCUUUGGAGCGGGUGCCGGCCGACAUUAGAGCGCAGGGAGGCGUUGCCCGCAUGAGCGAUCCGCAGAUGAUUAAGGACAUCAAGAACGCGGUCACCAUCCCCGUCAUGGCCAAGGCCAGAAUAGGGCAUUUCGUCGAGGCACAGAUUUUGGAAGCUAUUGGUGUUGAUUUCAUCGAUGAGAGCGAGGUGCUCACCCCAGCUGACGACCAGCACCACAUCAACAAGCACAAUUUCCACAUCCCUUUUGUCUGUGGUUGCCGAAAUCUGGGCGAGGCUUUGAGGAGGGUUGCCGAGGGCUCUGCCAUGAUUAGGACCAAGGGUGAAGCAGGAACCGGGGACGUCGUAGAGGCCGUGCGCCACGUUAGAACCGUACUUGGAGACAUUAGGCGGCUACAGGCUCUUGACGACGAUGAAGUCUUUACAUUCGCCAAGCAGAUUGCUGCACCCUACGAACUAGUGAGGCAAACUAAGCAGCUCGGUCGCCUCCCUGUUGUUAACUUCGCUGCAGGUGGUGUCGCAACACCAGCCGAUGCCGCCCUGAUGAUGCAACUUGGGUGCGACGGUGUAUUCGUAGGCUCAGGGAUCUUCAAGAGCGGUGACCCCGUCAGAAGGGCGCGUGCUAUCGUGCAAGCAGUCACUCACUACAACGAUCCACAUGUGUUGGCUGAGAUCAGUUGUGGACUCGGUGAAGCCAUGGUGGGCAUCAACAUCAGCGACAAGAAGGUCGAGCGCUUCGCUGAAAGAUCUGACUAGAAUCCUGGAUGAAUCCCUUCUAGGGUACUAAACCGAGCACGAUGGCGGAGUAAUGUAUUGAUGUAGACGAAUUGCGAAGCGUAAUUUUUUCUUACCGGAUCAACUCUGUCAAUUUUAUUCUUGGUCCGGGUGAGUACUGUUCAGCCACUUGUACGUAGAGCUUUUAAGGCAUUCUUCCUCGAUCACCAAACGAUCAUUUCGCUUUUGAGAACCAUCAGAGGCUGAAGAGUUGCUUUGUCGGAAUUCCUUCUCAGCAUUCGGGUUCGAUUGAGCCUCCUUUAAAAGCGUAUUCGUUAAACCCCCACAUGAAUCUGGUAACUCAUGUUUGUUUUACAUGUGGCUAGCACUAGGGAUCAUGUGGUCUUUGUACUGUAACACUAGGCAUCUUGUAAUGUUGUGGUGAUUGAUCUUCAUCAAUUAGUUGGAGCAAAUUGCUGUUGAUUAUGCACAGUCUCUGCCAAUAUGCAGGAAGUGCGGAUACGUGAGUCUUUGGUUCCUUUAGCACUUGGAAGUUACGUCCAGAUCACUCACGAAUGUUGUAGGCGAUAGUUUGGCAUUUGGGGUGGUUUCAUGGCUCAUCCACACCCAUACUGUGUAGAGAAAUCAGUGGACAUUUUAGUAACCCGUUCCGGGGCACUUGUCCACUCCUCUCAAAUCAAUCUACCAUUUGUCUCAUCAUCGCACUGGCCGAGCCUUUCACUGCGUAUGUACUGUUUAUGGAUGUUUUUAAUGAAAACGACUGUUAUUUUGCAGCUGAAGUAUGGAAUUUCGAUGAUAGAUUGCUCGUUUUUUGUUUACUGUGCACGCGAAUAUGUUUGCAUAGUCAAGGCUUUACGUGUUUCUCUUGACGGGACCACCGACGAAACGAUGGCGUCGUAUGAUACGGAGAGAAAUGUUGGAUACGAUUCAGUUGUAGGUUUAUCGAUUCUGUUGUCAGG